GGGGAAUCAAGUAGGCAGAGCGCCAGCAACCAGGAGAGGGAGGGUACCGCCCUGCCGCUGUUCCGCAGGGUGGGGCAUCCCCCUCCCCACACAGUCGGGCUCUAGUCAGGCCAGUGGGAGGAGCUGCCCGUGCCCCCCCAGAGACCGCAGGGCUAUAAAGCUGCCUCGCAGCAGUCUGCGGCUCCUUCCCGCCCCAGCCUAUCUCUGCAAGCGGUGGCUGCCAUUCUCGGGCACCAUGAGCCACCACCCGUCGGGCCUCCGGGCGAGCAUCGCCUCCACCUCGUACCGACGCACUUUCGGGCCACCGCCCUCAUUGUCCCCCGGGGCCUUUUCCUACUCAUCCAGCUCUCGUUUCUCCAGCAGCCGCCUGCUGGGCUCGGCGUCCCCAAGUUCCUCGGUGCGCCUGGGCAGCUUCCGUGCCCCUCGGGCAGGGACCCUGCGCCUGCCCUCCGAGCGCCUCGACUUCUCUAUGGCCGAGGCCCUCAAUCAGGAGUUCCUGGCCACGCGCAGCAACGAGAAGCAAGAGCUACAGGAGCUCAAUGACCGCUUCGCCAACUUCAUUGAGAAGGUGCGCUUCCUGGAGCAGCAGAACGCGGCCCUGCGCGGUGAGCUGAGCCAGGCCCGGGGCCAGGAGCCGGCGCGCGCCGAUCAGCUGUGCCAGCAGGAGCUGCGCGAACUGCGGCGGGAGCUAGAGCUGCUGGGCCGCGAGCGCGACCGGGUGCAAGUGGAGCGCGAUGGGCUGGCGGAGGACCUGGCGGCUCUCAAGCAGAGGUUGGAGGACGAAACGCGCAAGCGGGAGGACGCGGAGCACAACCUCGUGCUCUUCCGUAAGGACGUGGAUGACGCCACCCUGUCCCGCCUGGAAUUAGAGCGCAAGAUUGAGUCCCUGAUGGAUGAAAUCGAAUUCCUCAAGAAGCUGCACGAGGAGGAGCUUCGAGAUUUGCAGGUGAGCGUGGAGAGUCAGCAGGUGCAGCAGGUGGAGGUAGAGGCGACGGUGAAGCCGGAACUGACAGCGGCGCUGAGAGACAUCCGCGCGCAGUACGAGAACAUCGCCGCGAAGAAUCUGCAGGAGGCCGAAGAGUGGUAUAAGUCCAAGUACGCGGACCUGUCCGACGCCGCUAACCGCAACCACGAGGCCCUGCGCCAAGCCAAGCAGGAGAUGAACGAAUCUCGACGCCAGAUCCAGAGCCUGACGUGCGAGGUGGACGGGCUGCGCGGCACGAACGAGGCGCUGCUCAGGCAGCUGCGGGAGCUGGAGGAGCAGUUCGCCCUGGAGGCGGGCGGUUACCAGGCCGGGGCCGCGCGGCUUGAAGAGGAGCUGCGGCAGCUAAAGGAGGAGAUGGCGCGGCACCUGCGUGAGUACCAGGAGCUCCUCAACGUCAAGAUGGCCCUGGACAUCGAGAUCGCCACCUACCGGAAGUUGCUGGAGGGCGAAGAGAGCCGGAUCUCUGUGCCCAUCCAUUCCUUUGCUUCUUUGAGUUUAAAGACGACUGUGCCUGAGGUGGAACCUCUCCAGGACAGUCACAGCCGGAAGAUGGUUCUGAUCAGAACCAUUGAGACCCGGGACGGGGAGGUGGUGACAGAGUCCCAGAAGGAGCAGCACAGUGAGCUGGACAAGUCUUCCACUCACAACUACUGAGACCCUUGGUUGGGAGCUCCCUGACCUUGCCCUAGGCCUACUCCAAACCCAAGCCCUGACAAUCAGUCCCAAAAUAGUUCCCCUCCUUCUGCAUGUGUCCAGAGGGUGGUGCCAGUUCCCCCCUCCCUCGCCCAUGGCCAAGUCCUACCCAUCCAGCAGUAGCUGUGCCUCUCCCUGCCUUAAUACAUAGAUGUGACCCAUAUGCUUUCCUUUUGGUGUCCUAGUAAGAGACCAGUGACCCCCAGGACAAGUUUGCUCCAGACACAAUCCCAUGAUCAGUGGGCUGGCCAGGGUCUGAGCUUCACUUUCAAGUCAAAUAAAGCUGCUAUCAAGAGAAA